AUGGAGGAUUCCUCGACCCUUCCGAACGAGGUGGUGCCCAUGCGCGUGUCGCCUUUGCGACGACCCUCCAACAUGUCUUCCAGCGAGGUGAUCCUCCCUCAGGGCUUGAAUAGCGAUGGCCGGGUCGUAGCUGCAACCAACCUUUCGGCCACCCAUCCAGGGCCACCAGGGUCCAUCACUUUGCCGUCCAAGUUGCCAGCAGACAGGCCGUUUGCCACGGCACCCAGCUGGGCGCCGGGCCGCAGUUUGCAGGCGCCAGCACCCGGUGUGAUGCGAGCGAUGGAGGUGAUGCCCGCAGCGCAGAUGGCGGCCAACGCGGUGGCCGCCACCAGCGGCUGGCAGCCCUAUGGGUUGCACGAAGCGCCGGCCUUUCAAACGCUGCCCAGGGAGCAUGGCUACACUCGCGGAUGA